GCCAUGAAUACCCUUAAUCCUUUAUUCAAAUAAAGAACAAAAAUCUAGCGCGGGGGCGAAGGAAAGUUGGACCUAUUUGUCUUUACACAUCCUUCGUUCCGCUCCCGUUCAAACUGGUUGUCCAUUUGCACUCCUCCCUCGGUUUCCCGUCGGCUAAUACGCCACAUUUAUGUGCGGAUUUCUCGCCGAUGGCUUUCUUUCAGUGCCGCGUGACGUCGACUUGCUAGUAUCAGUGUGAAAGAGGAAGCGGAAGGCUUUAGGAGCUUUGCUCUUGUUUCUCACCGUGUCGUUCGGGAACACGAUGGAAGGGGAAAUGGAUUUGGAAUUGGAGGGUGAAAAGGAUUGCCAUUGCUCCAAUGUGGAUAUUGAGUACGAGUACGAUGCUCCGCGGUAUUUCGAAUUGGGGAGGAAGGAGUUGGCGUCGGAAGCCAAGGAGGCGGAGCUCUGGUUUGAGACUGCCGGGAACUACCCUCCUUCUCCUGUGAUAGUCAAGAUAAGUUUUGGCAAGAAAGGAAAGCAGGAGAAUAUAGAUGCUGCAUUUUUUAAGAUCAGAGAUGUGGAUUCUUUUAAUGCUCAAAUGGGUGUAUAUGCUUAUAUGGAUUCAUCUCUUCUUUGUGGAAGCUUAGCAGGACUUGAAGAUCUUACAAAUACUAAUGAACAUGCUGCUGUUGAUGGGACAGGUUCGAGUAAUCCAUUUUUUAUGAAGCCAACCACAAGUCAAUUGUCUACACAAAAUUCAGUAAAGAGGAGUUCUAGCCGGUCGGUGUGUCAGAAGCCAUUACCUUCACAAAGUAGGAGCUCUGAAGAUCCAGUACAUAGUUUGCUUCAGGCUGCCAAAAGGCAAAAAGUAGACGGAGGUCUUGUAUGCAAGGUUGUGGGUACAAUGCAAGAAAGUGAUCUACUGCACAAAAGUUCAAAGAAGGAGUGCUUUGUUAAUCGCAAUUCUCAUCUUACAAAAAUGAGGCUCACAAUUCCAAGAGAACCUGUGCUGGAAACAGCACGGCGGGCAAAAACUUUCAGAGCUCACAGAUCUGAUCACACUGAAGGGAUAAAAGCCAGCACAUCUACAUUCAAAGCUCUUCCAUUGAACCGAAAAAUUCUUGAAGCUCCCUCGUUGCCUUUCCCUCAGAAGAGCACACCAAAGUUGCCUGAAUUUCAGGAGUUUAAACUGAAGACAUCUGAGAGAGCUAUUCUGCGUUCAAUGGCUACCACAACAUCGUUUAUCCCAGAUAAUCUUGCCUCCAUUUCAAUUGUAAAAGAUUGCUCGAUGGACUCUAAAAUAUCAGAAUAUCAGCCUUCUAAUUUGUCAAAAAGGGCCAUUGAUGAUAAGAAAGCAAGAGGAAGCACUCAGAAACUCCGCAGUCAAAACCGCAAUGAGAAGAAAUGCAGCUUUUCAACCAUUAAUAGGAGUCAGCAGCAUAAUCCUCUAUCAGAGCUUUUUAACAAGCUCUCUUUAUCUUCAGAAACAUCGCAGGUCAAUCCGACUUGGACAUAAUUUCCGAGUCCAUUCAUGACUCAAAAGAGUGUGGAAUAAAGUUCAGAACAGCUGCAUGAGGGAUGAUGCGUGUACAAAAUGAAGAUGUUAGAAAGCUGAGGCAUCUUAAUUGUUGACGAAAGAGAUAAAUUUUGACUUCAAAACAUGGUGAAAUAAGCUUAGGAUACUUGGAAUCAAUCGAACUCAUAACGAUGGUCUUGAAUGAUGAAAUCAAUUUGAACUUGAAGUGAUGUUAUACUGAUGCGUAUGAGAUUUCUUUUUUGGAAUUAGCUGCCAUUCCCAAUAUAAGAUUACUGAUGAAGUUCCCCGGAUGGCCAGAAUUUUGUCAUUUAGGCUUCAUUUGGGACGGUUUUUUUUGUCGUUUCUUAAAAUUUUAGUAUUAAAAUUUUGUUUUAAGAAACAAUAAAAAAACUAUCCCAAAUGAGGCCUUAGACUAGAGUUUUGGAUCCAUUUCCAAUUUUCCUGAAGCUGCAGCAAUGCACAGAAGAAUGAGAGGCAUAACUUUUUGAUCCCUACCUAUGUAAAUACAUCCAUUUAAUUCGAUAAUUCUCAAAACAUCAUUCUCAAUACUAUAUGAAUAAUAGCUGCUUUUCAGCUUAGUCUUAGGCUUU